AGUUGGACGGCAGUGCCGGGGAGGCUGGGGGAGGGGAGGAAGAAGAGGAGGAAGGAGAGACUGCCGCGCACGCGCACUCAGCGAGGCGUGCUACCAGCCUGCUCUUUUCCCGUCCUUCUCCGCGUGAGCCGCGGCGUGAAGCGCGUGCUUGGCGUCCUUGCAGCUCUUCGAUGGCUAUCCUCUUUUUCGAAGAUGACGAGGCCAGCCGUCAUUUCUUCCUGCCUUUGGUCCGUCAGGCAGUCGGUUGGGACCUGUUGCUACCUUCGUUAUUUCCUGCAAUACAGUGGAUACAGUUUGUUAUGGCUACUCUGAGUGUUAUAGGUUCAAGUUCACUUAUUGCCUAUGCUGUAUUCCAGAACAUACAGAAAUCUCCAGAGAUAAGGCCACUCGUUUAUCUGAGCUUCUCUGACCUCCUCCUGGGGAUAUACUGGCUCAUUGAGGCACUUCUCUAUGGAACUUCAGCAGCCAAUAAGGACAUCGUCUGCUAUAACUUGCAAGCAGUUGGACAGAUACUCUACAUUUCCUCAUUUUUCUACACUGUCAAUUACAUCUGGUACCUGUACAAAGAGCUGAGGAUGAAACCCCACCAGAGUGGACAGAGCACAGUUCCACUGGUUAUAGGUUAUACCUGUCGAGUUAGUCAAAUAGCCAUCAUUUUGUCAAGCCUGAUACCUCUACUAUUGAUGAUACCUGUAUUCUGUUUGGGCAAUGCCAGUGAAUGUUUCCGCAACUUCAGCCAGAGCCACAGGUGUAUCCUGAUGUACUCACCACCAACAUCCAUGGCUAAAGUCCUGCCUUCUGCCAACAUAUCAGUCUGUAGCACACUUUAUUUUUAUGGGCUUAUCAUUUUCCUGGCCAGCUUUCUACUCAGCCUCCUCACCAUUGUGGUCUUACUCAUUCAAGCCCAGACACUUUACAAGAAGUUUCUGAAAUCGACUGGCUUUCUGGGGAGUGAACAGUGGGCAGUGAUUCACAUUGUGGAGCAGCGAGUACGCUUCUACCCCGUGGCCUUCUUUUGCUGCUGGGGCCCAGCUGUCAUUCUGAUGAUCAUAAAGAUGACUAAGCCACAGGACACCAAACUUCACAUGGCCCUCUAUGUUCUCCAGGCUCUAACAGCAUCAUCUCAGGGUCUGCUCAACUGUGGAGUAUACAGCUGGACACAGUACAAGUUCUACCAACUAAAGCAAGAAGCUCGGCAUGAUGCAGACACCCAGACACCAUUAUUAUGCUCACAGAAGAGAUUCUAUAGCAGAGGCCUAGAUCCGCUGGAGUCUACCAUUGCUUUUGCUACUAGCACCUCCACCAUUCUUUGAAACUGUAAAACUGGAACAUCCAGAACUGGAAUGAUUCUACACUAAUGGUUUGGGAGGAAUGUUUGGGAAGAACAUCUUAAGUCUUUUCUAACCAUGCCUUAAACUACGGAAGUGAAAGGGAGUGUAGUGCCAUGGUUAGUAGCUACUCUAGGUGAAGUGGGUGGGAUCUAAUCAUUAUUCUCUGAUUCACAAGUAAAGUCACUAUUCAGGGAGAUGAAGCCACUUUCCACCUAAGAGAUAGACUCAUUAUUUCAAUAGAUAUUAGAUUUGUCUAAGUCUCUUCUACAAAAAAUAAAUUCCAAGUUAUUAUUUAUAUAAAGUAUUUCCAGGCUCUCUACUCCAUGGUUGUGGGGGAAGUAGUGUGGCAUGCAACAACUUUCUCAGAUCUUCACAUUGCUAUUACUCUCCUUUUGGUUGUACAAAGUCCUGGGUUUACAUUUUUUGAAGAGUUUUGGAAACUCAGAAGAAGCAAGGACAGAAGCUGCCAAAAAAAGUGAUAGUAGGGGGCGCAGUGGUUAAGAAUCUGCCUGCCAAUGCAGGGGACACGGGUUCGAGCCCUGGUCAGGGAAGAUCCCACAUGCCGUGGAGCACCUAAGUGUGUGCGCCACAACUACUGAGCCUGCGCUCUAGAGCCCGCGAACCACAACUGCUGAAGCCCGCACUACCUAGAGCCCGUGCUCCGCAACAAGAGAAGCCACCUCAAUGAGAAGCCUGUGCACCGCAAGAAGAGUAGCCCCCACUCGCCGCAACUAGAGAAAGCCCGCGUGCAGCAAUGAAGACCCAACGCAGCCAAAAUAAAUUAAUUAAUUUAAAAAAAAGUGAUAGUGUGAUCCUCAUACACACCACAUCCUAGUCUCUUACAUAUUCCAUGCCGUUCUAGGCCUUAGCAAUAGGAACCUUCCUGCUCCAUAAAAUUAAGGCCAGUCUUUUGAAGUUACAGUGGAUAAUAAGAUUUAAGAGAAAUCAGGACUAAAACUCUGAAUCAAAAACUUCUCAACUCUCAUUUAUAAGCAAAAACCCAAGGUAGGUUUCAUAGUGCUUGGACGUAGAAUUAGGUUGAACCAUAUGAACUUGCCAUUUUUGUAGGUGAAAAUGGUCUAAUAUCAAUUUUACAUGGUUCAAUCUGGCUGUAAGUGCUAAAUAUAUGUGUAUUGAAUAAAUGAAUGAACAGAUGAAUGAAUGACUAACAAGUAGAAUUUAACCUUUGGGGAAAUAAAAGAUUCCCACACUGAAGAGCCUCAUUCAUGGGUAGGGAUGUUUAAUGUUUCUUCCUCUUUAGUCACAUAACAAGUGAUGUUUGGUCUCUCCAGUUAAGUCAUUAACAAGGCCAAACUGAGGCCAGGGCAUCAGAUACUAUGAUGCCAAAACAAAGGGGAAAGCCAAAUGGACAAAAACUGGAAUGACAAUCAACUAAAACAUCUGGAACUAAUAAUCAGAUACUUUUCACCUGGUAAAUUCCCUUCAUCAGUGCAAGGCAAAAUCCUUAAGAUUAGAGGAAAUUGACAGAGUAGAUUAUAAUGGUGCAUUAGACAGUAUACUCUGAAAAGUAAGUUCCAGAGAUCUUUCCAAAGGAGUUCUCAGUAGAAAUGUUAGGGAGCUCAAUAAUAGUUCUUUAGGUUUUAGGCCAUGAGCUUCAGCCUUACUAUGGAUGGUAACCUGACUUCAUUAUGUCAAGAACACAUCUUGAGGCCUCCUAAGACGUAUAACACAGAUUACUGGGUAGCACAGAACAAGAAAGAUUGCCUUACCUAGAGAGCUGCUUUAACUUCUUUUAAUUUAAAAACUAAUAAGAAUUCAGCAUAUAGAAAGACAGAUGGAAGCAAGAUUCUCAUUUCCGUAGACCUUGAGGGACACCAGAAUUUAGGAGUCCAAUUCUUAAAAUGUCCUAUUGGUAUCACUUCAUAUUUGACUUUAUUACCAGAAAGAAGAUAAUUAUCAAAUAUAUGUCAGGUUUGUUCAUCUUGCUUCUCUGAUGAAUUUUUUGCAUUGACACUGGUCUUAGAUAUUCUAUAGAUGUAGGCAAAUAAAAAGAUAGUAGGAAUGGAAAAUAAUAAAAUGGUUGGCAAGAUUGGGAUUAUCAACUCUUCGUCAUGCUGAGAGUAGGAGGGCCACUAUUCAAACUAUGUAACCCUUGAAUUCACAUGUAGGAGGGGCAUAGACAUAGAUACAGUGGCAGUUCUUAAAAUUUCUGCAAAUACCCCUCCCAUGACUUCAUGACUUGUCCAGUUUACGGUCAUAGUGGAGUACAGUUGUAUCUAUGCAGCUUUGAUUAAUACAGAUCUUCCUUGAACCAUAUGUUGUAUCAUCCUUCACCUCCUCCUCAUCAGCCCAGUCUGUAGCUUCAAAAAAUCUCUGCACCCCAAUACCAUGUGUUCUGCAUGGGGAACUGGGUGUUUGAUGUUUUUCAAUGCAUGGGAGCCUUUGGAUGUUUUCUCAUAGCAGCCUCCCACUUUUUACAUCUCUGGCCUUGCACUUGCUGAAGACUUUAAAUAUCCCUUUAGAUUCACUGCCACAGUUUCCAAACCUGUCUCCCUUGGUAUUCAUUAAUGUUAGCAACUUUCCUGGGCAACCUUUGUGCCCCUUUCAAAGAUUUUAACACACAGAUUCUCCAGGCUUCAACCCCGGCCUUGGCAACAAUAACCUUGUUCCUUGCAAGGAGUGCCAUCUUGCUUGUAGGUGUCCGUGUGGCAGCACUUGGGGGUGCCAUUACAGUAUUCUGGGAGGUCACACUUAUCCACGCUGAGGUGGCAAGUUGUGGUUGCUUUUAGAGAUUUGCGGUUUUUGCUGCAAGAUCCAAAUGCAUAAUUUAAACCCUUCCUCAGCUGGCAUGAGGGCAGACAACAGUGAUCCUUUUGACAGUCAAGAACACUGCCGUAGUCAAAUUCUUCUCCUUUGUCUAAUAUCUUAUUCCCACAAUAUGGCUUUCAAAAAGAGCUUUGGAGCUCAGUUCUAUUAAAUAGGCAGCCCUCUCUGUGCUUAUGCAACAGCUGGUGGAAAUAGUGGAAGCUGCAGUUGCUGAAGCCCAUAUCUACAGUAAUAAAUUCAUGCGUAGUACAGAGGUGCUGGCCAUGGAACUUGCAGGCCACGUGGUCAUGCUUCAUUCCCAAGUCAUGGCCAACCUCAUGAGCUAUGAAAGCUGUGAAAUGUGGUGUAUCUUCAUGAAAGAAAGAUUCAGCAAUGGUUUCAUUCUUGGCAAUGCAGGUAACCACUGAGAAAUGCAUGGCCCUCAUACUUCCCAAGAAUUUGGCCAAUAAUCACAUGAGCAGCAUCAUGUUUCACCCCUCUCAAGAGAUUCCGGCCUUUCCAGUGUAUAAAAUUUUGAAGUGUUUCCUGCAAAUUCAGGAAGAUUUGCACAAGGGUUUUCUCUAUCCAUAUCCCUAGCCCAGUAAGCACCACUUUCAUGUUAUAUCCUUCGUGUACCUAUUGACCAGAGCAUGGACAUCUAUUAACAUCUUUGUGGUCUUGGUAACAUUAUUAUUCCACAUUUGGAAUCACUUAUUGUCAACCACAAUCAACUUGUACAUACUUGGGAAGUGGCCACAUAUAGGACAUAGGAACUGAGGAAGGUUCUAUUUUGCUCUGAAAUUGUGAAGUGCUUAAGAGCUCCUCUUGCUUAUCUCCACGGAUUACACAAGACUCACCUGAUUUUAAAGAUAUGCUGUAAACCAUAUAUGCUCAAUAUAUAUAGGCUUGAUACCAAAGACAGUGCCAUCUAAGGUCAGGAUUCCCUUUUGCCCUGAGCAAGUGCUGAUUGUCACAAAAGAAUCCAGGUCGUCCUCUGAAUACUCAGUCAUCCUGAAUAAAAGCAAGACUAGUUUCCCAUUUUUUUUUUUUUUUUAAGUUUCCCAUUUUGAUGUGUAUAAACAGGGAACUUCUUGACAAAUAAUUCUUUCUUUUGCUUCAACUUAAUAGUAUGCCAUUUUUCUUGUUUGAGCAGGACAUUGGACACCUUUUCUGCUUUUUCUUCUAGUUCUCUGAACAUCAUCAGGUUCCUAGGGAAGACUAUUUCAUAAUAAAGAGAUUCCCACUACAGUGCAUCCCUGGAAGAAUAGUCACAAUUACCAAUAAAGUGACAUGCAGCUUAAUAUGGGAAGGGCCCUUUCUCAAAUGCCCUAAGCGGCAUUCCUUGAAGAAACAUCACUCCAAACCUUAUCCAUGACCACUUGAUUUCAUAGAAGACAAGACAGGGGGCAGGCAAAGUAACUAACUGGGGUUGUCAUUGUCAUGGCCCAAGUGAAACAGCAAAUGAUCCCAGACCUCUGUCUGUGAGUUGACUUCCCUUGGACCCAAGUCUUUGUCAGUGACACAGUUGUUUGGCCAAAGAUCAAAGCUAUGCUGCCUGCCAGAAGGAUAGCUGCUCCCACCCUCAGAGUAUUACAUGAUGACACCUACCUUUUGACUAUGUCUCUUCCUACUCCUCUUGAGCUCUCUCUCUUCUGGAGUGUCCUUACUUUGCAACCACCCUCAAAGAACAACAGUUUUAGUGCUCCUUAGCUGAGCUCCUGCUGUCUUCAUAGAGGAGUAUACCAAGGAGAGGAAACUUUCAGAGGUCCAGUCAGUACAACGAUCCAGGAUCAGGCCCCAAGAAAAGAAAAUAUAUAACCUCUUCUCUUAGUCCCAGUUCCCAUGGAACAGCCUUCCCUUCCCGUCAUCCAGUACUGUUUUGAGUCAUUGAAACUUAACUUCCAGAGCAGAGGUUUGUGGAUUUCUGGGUAGGUCACAGGCCUCUGCUGUUUAAUGCCUUUUGCACCAUUCCCUACUCUGUACCAUACAGCCCAUUUCAAACAUCCAAUCCUUUUCCUUUUUUUAAAAAAAAUUAUUCACAAUAUGUUUGUUUAGUUGCUCAAUCCUAGGAUACAUGUAAAGUAUUUUUAGAGUAACUAACCCAUGCCUCUGUGAAAAGCAAAUAUAUGAACUAGAGAACAGUGUUUAUUGGGUUGGCCAAAAGGUUCGUUCAGAUUUUUCUGUAAGAUGGCUCUAGUAGUGCUUAGUUGUCUCUAACUUCAUUUGAAACAAUUUUGGUAGAUUGUAUCGUGAUAGCUGUCAUAUCAGCAUGCAUUUUAAAAAAUCUUAUCAAAAUUGGUGAAUUUUUGCGUAGCCAUUUUAAUAUUGAAGAUGUAAGAAAAAAACCAACAUUUUCGGCAUAUUAUGCUUUAUUAUUUCAAGAAAGGUAAAAACACAACUGAAAUGCAAAAAAAGAUUUGUGCAGUGUAUGUAGAAGGUGCUGUGACUGAUUGAAUGUGUUAGAAGUGGUUUGCAAAGUUUCGUGCUGGAGAUUUUUUGCUGGACGAUGCUCCAUGGUCGGGUAGACUAGUUGAAGUUGUUAGUGAUCAAAUUGAGAUAUUAGGGACUUCCCUGGUGGUCCAGUGGCUAACACUCCGUGCUCCCAAUGCUGGGGGCCUGGGUCCGAUCCCUGGUCAGGGAACUAGAUCCCACAUGCUGCAACUAAAAGUUUGCAUGCCUCAACUAAAGAUCCCGCAUGCUGCAAUGAAGAUCCUGCGUGCUGCAACUAAGACCCAGCACAGCCAAAUAAAUUAAUUAAUUAAAAUAUUUUUUAAAAAUCGAGGCGUUAAUUGAGAACAAUCAAAGUUAUACCAUGGGAGAUAGCCGACAUACUCCUAAUAUCCAAAUCAAGCGUUGAAAAUCAUCUGCACCAGCUUGGUUAUGUUAUUCACGUUGAGGUUUGGGUUCCACAGAAGUUAAGUGAAGAAAAUCUUCUUGACCGUAUUUUGCAUGCAAUUCUUUACUUAAACAUAAUGAAAAUGUUCUGUUUUUAAAACAAAUUGUGACGGGUGAUGAAAAGUGCAUACCGUACAAUAAUGUGGAGUUGAAGAGAUCGUGGGGCAAGUGAAAUGAACUACCACCAACCACACCAAAGGCCAGGCUUCAUCCAAAGAAGGUGAUGAUGUGUAUAUGGUGGGAUUGGAAGGGAGUUCUCUAUUAUGAGCUCCUUCCAGAAAACCAAACGUUUAAUUCCAACAAGUACUGCUCCCAAUUAGACCACCUGAAAGCAGCACCUGAUGGAAAACAUCUGGAAUUAGUCAACAGAAAAACGCACAAUCUUCCAUUAGGAUAAUGCAAGACUGCAUGUUUCUUUGAUGACCAGACAAAAACUGUUGCAGCUUGGCUGGGAAGUUCUGAUUCAUCUGCCAUACUCACCAGACAUUGCACCUUCGGAUUUCCAUUUAUUUCGGUCUUUACAAAAUUCUCUUAAUGGAAAAAAUUUCAAUUCCCUGGAAGACUGUAAAAGGCACCUGGAACAGUUCGUUGCUCAAAAAGAUUAAACAGUUUGGGGAAGAUGGAAUUAUGAAGUUGCCUGAAAAAUGGCAGAAGGUAGUGGAACAAAAUGGUGAAUACGUUGUUCAAUAAAGUUCUUGGUGAAAAGGAAAAAUGUGUCUUUUAUUUUUACUUAAAAACCAAAGGAACUUUUUGGUCAACCCAAUAUGUUCAGUUCUUUUUAUCUUUAGCCUUACAGUAUGAGGUUGCAAUAAUGUUUCCCAAAAUUAUUUAGAUUGGUACUUUUCUAUCCAGACCUAUUCAGUAUGGUCAUGUUAUUCAUUUUUAAUUCAGUUAGGGUCAUAUGUUACUGUUUGUAUUUCAUUCUGGUUUGCCCCCACAUUUGGGAUGUUGCUGAUGAUUUGGAGGGAAAUGUAUGUGAAAUGUUUCCAUGAUUCUAAAAGUCAGUACUAUACAAAAACGUGUAUUCAAAGCCUUUAACCUGUUCCCAUGUCCUUAUUCUUUCCACCCACUUCUCAUUCAUCAGUCUCAAUAGUACUUGGUUUAUUUUUCCUGUAUUUCUUUCUGCACAAAUAAGCAGAUACAUUUCCUUGUAUCCCCUUUUUUUUUAUGUAAAUGUAGCAUAAUAUUUUCCACUUUCCUUUCUAAACUUAAAGAUACAUCCUGUAAAUCACUCCAUAUCAGUUUAUAGAAAUAUUCCUCAUUCUCUUUUUUAUAGCUACAUAGUAGUUUUAUAGAUGUACCAUAAUUUAUUCAAUCACUCUCCUAUGUAUGGGUUUUUGCAUUGUUUAUAUUAUUUUGAAAUUAUACACUAUCAUCAGCAAAUAAUAUUGCACAUAUAUAUUUUUGUGGAGGAAAAUUCCUAGAAAUGAGAAGGUAGUGUUCAUGCUAAUUGCAUAUGUAGCUUUGUUUGAUAUUGCCAAAUUCCCCUUCAGAAGGUUUUUGCCAGUUUUCAUUUCCACUGGCAGUGUAUCAGAGUGCCUGUUUCCCCAAAGUCUAAGCAACAGAGUAUAUUGCCAUGCCAUACGUUUUAAUUUUCACCAGACUGAUAGGUGAUAAGUAGCAGGUCGAUAUUGUUUAAUUUGUAUUUUUCUGAUUUUGAGUGAAUUUGAAAUGUUUUAAUAUGUUUAAAGGCCAUUUUUAUAUCUUUUAACAAUUGUCGGUUAAUGUCUUUUCCCCUUUUUCUAUCAAGCUCUUGGCAUUUUUUUCUUCUCAACUUUCUCCCCCUAGCUUUACUGUGGUAUAAUUCACAAAUAAAAUUUUAUAUAUUUAAAGUGUACAAUAUGAUGAUUUGAUAUAUAUGUACACAGUGUGAAAUAUUUAUUUAUUGUGAAUAUAUGUUUUCUAAAAGGCAAAAAAACUAGAAUAGUUAAAAUAAUUUUGGGAAUGAGUAACGUGGGAGGGACCACUCUACUGAGUUUCAAGACUGUGUAGUAUUGGUGAUGGGAUAGACACAUAGAUCAAUGGAACAGAAUAGAGAAUUCAGAAAUAGAGAACCCACACAUGUAUGUUCAUCUGAUUUUUGACAAAAGGGGAAAAGCAAUUCUGUGGAGGAAGGAGCAUCUUUUCAACAAAUUGUGCUGGAAAAUUGGAUAUACAUAGACAAAAAAGAGGAACCUCAACCUAAACCUAACACUUCAUACAAAAAUCACCUCAGGGGCUUCCCUGGUGGCGCAGUGAUUGAGAGUCUGCCUGCCGAUGCAGGGGACACGGGUUCGUGUCCCGGUCCGGGAAGAUCCAGAUGCCAUGGAGCGGCUAGGCCCGUGAGCCAUGGCCGCUGAGCCUGCGCGUCUGGAGCCUGUGCUCCGCAACGGGAGAGGCCACAACAGUGAGAGGCCCACGUACUACAAAAAAAAAAAAAAUCACCUCAAAUGGAUCAUAGAUAUAAAUGUAAAAUAUAAAACUUUUUAGAAGAAAACAUAGAAUAUCUUCAGGAUCUAAGACUUGGUGAAGAAUUCUUAAACAUGGUACCAAAAAGCAUGACCCAUUAAAAAAAAUCCAUAAAUUGGACUUCAUCAAAAGUAAAAGCUCUUGUCAAGAACCUUAGCUUGAGACAGAGACAAGAUGGCAGAGUAGAAGGAUGUGAGCUCACUGUUUCUUAUGAAAACACCAAAAUCACAACUAACUGCUGAACAACUACUGACAAAAAAAAAAAAAAAAAGUGCUGGAACCUAACAAAAAAGAUCCCCUACACCCAAAGACAAAGAAGAAGCCACAGUGAGAUGGUAGGAUAGGGUGCAAUCAUGAUAAAAUCAUAUCCCAUACCUGCCAGGUGGGCAACCCACAAACUGGAAAAUAAUUAUACCACAGAAGUUCUCCCACAGGAGUGAAAGUACUGAGCCCCACGUCUGGCUUCCCAGCCUGGGGGUCUGGCAAUGGGAGGAGGAGGUCCCAGAGAAUCUGGCUUUGAAGGCCAGCAGGGCUUGAUCACUGGAAUUCCACAGGACUGGGGGAAACAGAAACUCUACUCUUGGAGCAUGCACACAAGGUCUCAUGUGCACCAGGACCCAGGGAAAAAGCAGGGACCUCGUAAGAGACUGGGCCAGGCCUACUAGACUGGGCUAGUAUUGGAGGGUCUCCUGUGGAGGCAGUGGGGAGCUGUGGCUCAUUGCAGGAACAGAGACACUGGUGGCAGCAGAUCUGGGAAGUACUCAUUAGCAUGAGCCCUCCUGAAGGCCACCAUUUUCUUAAGACCUGGCCCCACCCCCACAGCCUGCAGACUCCAGUGCUGGGACAUCUCAGGCCAAACAACCAACAGGGUGGAAACAGCCCCACCCAUCAGCCGACAGGCUGCUUAAAGUCUUCCUGAGUCCAUAGCCCUCUAGACACAACCCUUGGCACAGCUCUACCCAUCAGAGGGACAAGACCCAGCUCCACCCAUUAGUGGGCAGGAACCAGUCCCUUCUACCAGGAAGCCUGUGCAAGCCUCUUAGACAGCCUCAUCCACCAGGAGGCAGACAGCAGAAGCAAGAAGAACUACAACCCUGCAGCCUGUAGAAUGAAACCACAAUUGCAGAAAAUGAGACGGCAGAGGAUUAUGUACCAGAUGAAGGAAGAAGAUAAAACCCCCAAAGAAGAACAACUAAAUGAAGUGGAGGUAGGCAAUCUGCCCAAAAAAGAAUUCAGAAUAAUGAUAGUAAAGAUGAUCCAAGAUCUUGGAAAACAGAAUGGAGGCACAGACCGAGAAGAUACAAGAAAUGUUUAAUAAAGACCUGGUAGAACUAAAGAACAAAGAGAUGAAGAAUACAAUAACUGAAAUGAAAAAUACACUAGAAGGAAUCAAUAACAGAAUAAGUGAGGCAGAAGAAUGGAUAAAUGACCUGGAAGACAGAAUGGCGGAAAUCAUUGCCGCAGAACAAAAUAAAGAAAAAAGAAUGACUCGAAGACAGUCUAAGAGACCUCUGGGACAACGUCAGUUGCACCAACAUUCACAUUCUAGGAGUCCCAGAAGGAGAACAGAGAGAGAGAAAGGACCUGAGGAAAUAUUGGAAGAGAUAAUAGCUGAAAACUUCCCUAACAUGAGAAGAGAAACAGUCACCCAAGCCCAGGAAGUACACAGAGUCCCAGGCAGGAUAAACCCAAGGAAGAACAUGCCAAGACACACAGUAAUCAAAUUGGCAAAAAUUAAAGACAGCUCCUCCCCUUGGCUUAGCACAAAGCAAGCAUAUAAAAAACACAGAUGCCUGCUGCUUCCUGGGGAGAGAAAGAGUUGGUAGAGGCCCCUAGAAUCUCUGGCCAGAGUUAUUGGUUGAGGUCUUCUCAUGUAUGAGGCCAGUCUAUGAAGAUUGAAAGAGGUGCCUGGUUUGUCUGAUACACAGACUCCAACACAGAAAGUCAAAGAUAUGAAGAAUUAGGCAAAGAUGUUCCACAUUAAAGGAACAAGAUAAAUCUCCAGAAACUGACCCUAGUGAAAUGAACGUGUAUUAUUUACCUGAUAGAGAAUCCAAAAAUACUGUUUUAAAAAUGUUCACUGAAGUCAAGAGAACAAUGCAUGAACAAGGUGAGAAUUUCAACACAGAGAUAGAAGAUAUUAAAAACUACCAGACAGAAGUCAUGGAGCUGAAGAACACAAUAAUUGAACUGAAAAACAAUUCACUAGAAGGGUUCAACAUUAGACUAGAUCAACCAGAAGAAAGGAUCAGUGAACUUUGGAAAUAAUGCAGUCAGAGGAGAAAACAGAAAGAAAGAAUGAAAAACAGUGAAGAAAGCUUAAGGGACUUUCAGGAUAUCAUCAAGCCAACCAUUAUAGGAGUCCCAGUCGGAAGAGAGAAAAAAAGACCAGAAAGCAUAUUCAAAAAAUUGACUGAAAACUUCCCAGAUAUAGAGAAGCAAGUGGACAUACAGAUCCACAAACUCUAGAGAUCACCAAGCAAGAUGAAUCUAAAGAUAAUCCACACUGAGGUGCAUAUAAUCAAAUUGUCAAAAGUCAAAGACAGAGAAUUUUGAAAGAGGCUAGAGAAAAGUGACUUGUAACAUACAAAGAAACAUCCAAAAGACUCUCAGUGUUUUUUCCAGCAGAAACCUUGCAGGCCAGAAAGGAGUGGCAUGAUAUCAAAGAGAUAUUAGCAUUCCCUUGUUCAUUGCAGCCAAGAUUCACAAUAAUCAGAUGUUAAGAUGUGGAAACAGCCUAAAUGUUCAUCAACAGAUACAGAAAAUGUGAUAUACAUAUGAUACUAUUCAGCCUUAAGAAAUAAGGAUAUCUUGCAACAUGUGACGACAUGGAUGAACCUUGAGGACAUUAUGCUGAGUAAAAUAGACCAGUCACAGAAAUACAAAUACCUCAUUAUUCUACUUAUAUGAGGUAUCUAAAUUAGUCAAAUUCAUAGAAUCAAAGAGUUGAAUGAUGGUUGCCACAGGCUGGGGUAUGGGGAAAUGGGGAUUUACCAAUCAAUGACAUCAAGUCUCAGUUAAGCAAGAUGAAUAAUUUCUAGGUCUCUGCUGUACAACAUUGUACCUAGAGUCAACAAUACUGUGUUGUGGGUGGGAAUGAAUUGGGAGAUUAGAAUUGACAUAUAUAUACUAAUAUGUAUAAAAUAGAUAACUAAUGAGACCCUGCUGUAUAGCACAGAGAACUCCACUUCGCUGUAUAGUAGAAACUAACACAACAUUGCAAAACAACUAUACCCCAAUUAAAAAAAAAUACUGUGUUGUACACUUAAAUUUUUGUUAAAAAUUGUUGCGUUCUUACCACAGUACAAAAAUGAAUGUUAGAAAUGUAUAAUAUGGGUACAGAGGAUUUUAAAUUAUACAAAACUAUUUGUGCAACUCUAUCAUCGCUAAAUUUUAAAAUCCAAAGGAAAAUAUGAAAAAUUCUUUAUGGAGGUAAUAUAAUUUUUUAAAAUGUAUUUAUUUAUUUAUUUUUGGCUGCGUUGGGUCUUCGUUGCUGCACGUGGGCUUUCUCUAGUUGUGGCGAGCGGGGGCUACUCUUCAUUGCGGUGUGCGGGCUUCUCAUUGUGAUGGCUUUUCUUGUUGUGGAGCACGGGCUCUAGGCACACAGGCUUCAGUAGUUGUGGCUUGUGGGCUCUAGAGCGCAGGCUCAGUAGUUGUGGCUCAUAGGCUUAGUUGCUCCGCGACAUGUGGGAUCUUCCCGGACCAGGGCUCAAACCCGUGUCCCCUGCAUUGGCAGGCGGAUUCUUAACCACUGCGCCACCAGGGAAGCCUGGAGGUAAUAUAAUCUUAAUUCCCUAACUUGAUAAAGAUGGCAUUUUUUAAAACUCCAAAAUAAAUUUCACUUUUUCUGAAUGUAGAUUAAAAUAAUUUUAAAAGAUAUAUUAGAAAUAGAACCUUGUAGUAUAUUCAAGGAAAACACCAUGCUCAAAAAGAAUUUAUGCCAGAAACAUAAGCAUGAGUUUAGCAUUAAGAAAUGUAUCAUCAUAAUUCAUCACACAAAAAAGUUAAAGGAGAAAUAAAUAUAAACAUAUGAAUGCAUGCCAAAAAGUUGUUAAAAUUCACUGGCUAUUCCUAUUUUAAAACUUUAAUGGGAAAACAAAGAUACUACAUAAACAUGGUAAAGACCACUUACCAAAAUGUAAUGCCAAAUAACAUAUUAAUUAGUGAAACAAUGGAAGUGUUUCCAGUUAAAAUCUCUUUCCUUUGCCUUUUCGUCCUGGACAAUUUGAAUUCUACUAACAGCAGAUUCUCCCCAGCAUAAGACUUUGUCCUAGAAGACUUUGUCCUUUAAUUUUUUUUUUUUUUUUUUUGCGGUAUGCGGGCCUCUCACUGUUGUGGCCUCUCCCGUUGCGGAGCACAGGCUCCGGACGCGCAGGCUCAGCGGCCAUGGCUCACGGGCCCAGCCGCUCCGCGGCAUGUGGGAUCUUCCGGGACCGGGGCACGAACCCGUGUCCCCUGCAUCGGCAGGUGGACUCUCAACCACUGCGCCACCAGGGAAGCCCUUGUCCUUUAAUUUUUAAAGUUGUAGGCCUCAGACUUCUCUGGCCCCUUCACCCCUUACAAUCGACCCCUUGCAUUCUCCCCAAAAUUGAAGUGUCAGAAACUUCAGUUUCAGGUGCUUUUUUUCAAAUUGGCUCACUAUGCUUUCCAGCGAGUAUCUGUUGGAUAUUCGGUUUUAUCCUGUUCUCAGGUCCAAUAGGCAUCCCAUUACUUCUCUCUGCUUUCUCCAUGACAGGUACUAUUUACCACUUGGGUCUUGGAGUUAUUGGUAGUUUGUCCUUAUACACCAUACCUUGGGGUUUGUAAGAUGACUUAUCACCUGUUUUUGUUGUUGCUUGUAGGGUUUGAUUUUUUACCAUCAUAGUGCUUUGUCUGUUUUUAUGGGGUGACUUGAGGAGAGUUUUAAAAAUUGCACUGCUGCUGCCACCUUCUGAAAAUCUCUCUUCCUUAUAUUUAAAUUUGUUUUGUAGCCUUUAAGAAAUUGAAUGCUACAUCCUAUGGUAAAUCAAUUUUUUUCAUGGACUGUGAUAUGGAGCCUUACUACAAGGUUUUUUUUGUUUUGUUUUGUUUUUAACAUAGAAACCCGAAUUCAAGACUCAGUUUGUUUAUUUGCAAAUUUUUUUAUUUUUGUCAUUUACUCUCUUUGGGCAUCAGCUUCUUCGUUUGUAAAGUGGAAAUAAUAUCUAUAUGAGCUUUUCUGAUGAUUCAAUAAUAUUUGUAAAAAUGCUUUGUAAAAUAAAAAGUGCUACACAGGCACAGGAUAUUAUUAUCAACUUCCUUCACAUAUUCCCUUUUGACUGAGAACUUUCCUAGGAUUUCCCCUUUCCCAUGAAUUUUUUCCCAGUUUUAUUUAUUUAUUUGCUUAUUUAUUUAUUUUUAUUGAAGUAUACUUUAUUUACAAUGUGUUAGUUUCUGGUGUACAGCAUAGUGAUUCAGUUAUACAUAUAUAUAUACCUGUUCUUCAGUUAUACAUAUAUAUACCUAUUCUUCAGUUAUACAUAUAUAUACCUAUAUACAUAUAUACACCUUAUUCAUUUCCAUUAUGGUUUAUUACAGGAUAUUGGAUGUAGUUUACUGUGCUAUACAUUAGGACCUUGUGUUUAUCUAUUUUGUAUAUAGUGGUUUGUAUCUGCUAAUCCAAACUCCUAAUCCCUCUCCUACCCACUUUCCCCUUUGGUUACCAUAAGUUUGUUUUCUAUGUGUGUCAGUCCAUUUCUGUUUCAUAAAUAAGUUCAUUUUGUGUCAUAUUUUAGAUUCCGCAUAUAAGUGAUAUCCUAUGGUAUUUGUUUUUCUCUUUCUGGCUUACUUCGCUUAGUAUGAUAACCUCUAGGCCCACCCAUGUUGCUGCCAAUGGCAUUAUUUUAUUCUUUUUUAUGACUGAGUAUAGUAUUCCAUUGUAUAUCUAUACCACAUCUUCUUUAUCCAUUCAUGAACAUCCAUUUAUGUUCAUGUUGCUGGACAUUUAGGUUGCUUCCAUGUCUUGGCUAUUGUUGCUGUGAACAUUCAGGUGCAUGUAUAUUUUUGAAUUAGAGUUUUGUCCAGAUAUAUGCCUGGGAGUGGGAUUGCUGAUCAUAUGGCAACUCUAUUUUUAGUUUUUUAAGGAAUCACCAUACUGUUUUCCAUAGUGGCUGCACCAAUGUACAUUCCCACCAACAGUGUAGGAGGGUUCCCUUUUCUCCACACCCUCUCUGGUAUUUAUUAUUUGUAGAAUUUUUAAUGAUGGCCAUUCUGACCACUGUGAGGUGGUACCUCAUUGUAGUUUUGAUUUGCAUUACUCUAAUAAUUAGCGAUGUUGAGCAUCUUUUCAUGUGCCUGUUGGCUAUCUGUAUGUCUUAUUUGGAGAAAUGUCUAUUUAGCUUUUCUGCCCGUUUUUUGAUUGGGUUGUUUGGUUUUUUGUUAUUGAAUUGUAUGAGCUGUUUAUGUGUUUUAGAAAUUAAGCCCUUGUCAGUUGCAUCAUUUGCUAAUAUUUUCUCCCAGUCCGUAGGUUGUCUUUUUGUUUUGUUGAUCGUGUCCUUUGUUGUGCAAAAGCUUUUAAGUUUGAUUAGGUUCCAUUUGUUUAUUUUUGCUUUUAUUUCUAUUGCCUUGGGAGACUGGCCUAAGAAAACAUUGCUAUGAUUUAUGUCAGAGAAUGUUUUGUCUAUGUUCUCUUCUAGGAGUUUUAUGGUGUCAUGUCUGAUAUUUACAUCUUUAAGCCAUUUUGAGUCUAUUUUUGGGUAUGUUCUAACUUCAUUGAUUUACAUGCGCUGUCCAGCUUUCCCAACAGCACUUGCUGAAGAGUCUGUCUUUUCAGGACACAUUUUUAAACUGCAGCCUAACUGACCUUAUAAGUUUGGGGUGAUGACUGUAAUUGUUUUAAAGUAUCCUAUAAUGCCCAACAUACUCAUUUAACAUUAAUAUUUUGGUAUGUACUGGAAGUUCUCUUACCCUUCACUUACCUACUCAUUUCAUUAACUGAUGUUCUCCAUUCUUUCUGUAAAACAAAGUGACCUACUCAUUUCAUUAACUGAUGUUCUCCAUUCUUUCUCUAAAACAAAGUGACAGUCACAACUCACUGGACAUUUAGCAUUAGUAGGCUAUACUUUAAUAUCUACUUUCCUUACAUAUCUGCUUCCACCAAGUACCAAGAUAUGUUUAUUUCCAAACCUAUUUGUGCCAGUUAUACUUAUGACUAUGGUACCUAUGACUAUAGUACCCAAUUAAAUAUUACAUAAAGUGUUAAGAUGUGACUGUAAAGAGAAAACGUUUUUGCAUUGAGUCAAAUGAUUUGGAAAAGCUACUUGAAAAUAUAUGUUAUAGCAUUAGAUGUGAACACGACAACUGUAAAUGGCAGAGAGGCUCUUUUAAAAAAAAUCACGAAUCAUUCUCUAUUUACAUUUUACUUCCAUUAAUGAACCAAACAGAAAUAAAGGUUCUUACCUACCACAUCAAACAAUAGUCCAAUAGAUGAAUAUUCAAGUUUAAAGUAUGUUCAUAUUAAUUUUUAGAAUCCCAUUUAGUUAAGCUUUUUGGUUAAUCACCUACAUAAAUACUGUUGAUCACUCCUUGAAACACUUUUGCACUUGGCUUUCCAGACGUGACCCUCUCCUGUUUCUUAUUUUACCUCCAGUAUGGCUCCUCCAUACAAAGUCCCAGGGCUUGUACUCUCAACCCUUUGCUGGAGCAAAGUUUUUUUUUAAUUGAAGAAGAUUGUAGCAAAGUUCUUACUAUAUCAUCAGGAAUAUUUAACCCACCAUGGAGGUCCAGGGAAUUAGCCAGGCAUGAAAUCCUUUGCAGAAAUGACAAUGCCUUUCCCCAAAUAUCUUGAUGCUAUUUAUUUGAAUUACAUCAAAUACAGUAAGCAUUUAUAAUGCCCAAGAUCCCACCAGAGCACUUUCUUUGAGGAGCUUAUAUAUAAAUGGACCCAUCUUCAAGACAUAAUGAGUUAAAAAAAAAGCAUGGUACUAUUUAUGUUAUACUUACAUACAUGUUAUACUUACAUACAUACUUAUAUACUUACAUACAUGUUAUACUUACAUACAUUUAUAAUGCCCAAGAUCCCACCAGAGCACUUUCUUUGAGGAGCUUAUAUAUAAAUGGACCCAUCUUCAAGACAUAAUGAGUUAAAAAAAAAGCAUGGUACUAUUUAUGUUAUACUUACAUACAUGAAACAAUACUAUAUAUUUUCUUUCUACCUUAAGAGAAGGUCUAGAAACAAAUACACUAAACUGAUAAUAAUGGUUCCCAAUGAGGAGGAUUAGGAAGUGAUUAGGACUACUGAUAAAAGGGGACUUUAGCCUUAUAUUUAAUAUUUUUACUUUUAUAAUUUUUUUUUUUUUUGGUACACACCACGCAGCUUGCGGGAUCUUAGUUCCCCAACCAGGGAUCGAACACGUGCCCCUUGCAGUGGAAGUGUGGAGUACUAACCACUGGACCACCAGGGAAUUCCCUAAUUUUUUUACUUUUAAAAAUAGCUUUAUUGAUGUAUAAUUAAGCUACUACAAAAUUCACCCUUUUAAAGCUCACAAUUCAAAAGUUUUUAGAAUAAAUAUUGUGCAACUAUCACUACAAUUUAAUUUUAGAACAUUUUUAUCACUCCAGAAAGAAACUUGUUCUGGUUAGCAGUCCCUCCUCACUUUCCCCCUCAGCUUCUUCCACCCCAGCUUUCUGUUUCUGUGGAUUUGCCUGUUCUGGACAUUUAACAUCGAUAGAAUGAUAUAAUAUGUGACCUUAUGUGACUAGCUUUUUUCACUUAGCAUAAUGUUUUCAAGAUUCAUCCAUACUGUAGCAUGUAUCAGUACUACUUUCCUUUUUAUUGCUGAAUAAUGGUCUGUUGUAUAGCUGUACAACAUUUUAUUUAUCCAUUCUUCAGCUGAUAGACAUUUACAUAGUUUCCACUUUGGGGAUGAAUAGUGAUGCUCUGAACGUUUGUGUACAAAUUUUUGUAUGGGUGUAUGUUUUCAUAUUUUUUGGAUAUAUAUGUUUAUAGGAGUGGAGUUGCUAGGUCAUAUGGUAACUCUAUGUUUAGCAUUUUGUGGAACUGCCAAACUUUGUUCCAACGUGGUUGCACCAUUUUUAAAUUCCCACCAAUGAUAUGUAGAAGUUCCAGUUUUUCCACAUCCAGAAUCUGUGUUUUUAUCUUCAGCAUCUAGUGCAGUUCCUGGCAUAUAAAUGUUUCUUGAAUGUGAAAGCUUGAAUGAAAGAAUGAAUCAAUGAAAAAGUGAACAAAUGUGUUGAGGUCAGAUUUCAUAUUUAAUAGCAAUUCACAGUAAAGAUAUUGACCAUUAGUUUCUCAAUUUUAAUCUUUUUUUAAUUAUUUUUUUAUUUUUUAAUUUAUUUUAUUUUUGUCUGUGUUGGGUCUUCGGUGCUGCAUGUGGGCUUUCUCUAGUUGCAGCGAGCGGGGGCUACUCUUCGUUGCGGUGCACGGGCUUCUCUUUGCGGUGGCUUCUCUUGUUGCAGAGCACAGGCUCUAGGGGCACAGACUCAGUAGUUGUGGCUUGUGGGCUCUAGAGCGCAGGCUCAGUAGUUGUGCCGCACGAGCUUAGUUGCUCCGCAGCAUGUGGGAUCUUCCCAGACCAGGGAUUGAACCCGUGUCCCGUGCAUUGGCAGGCAGAUUCUUAAUCACUGCACCGCCAGGGAAGUCCCUCAAUUUUAAUCCUGGUUCAUAAUUCUAGGGUAAGUCAAGGUCCAUGGAUUUAUCGCCUACAUUUGAUCAAUUGACCAUUAUUUGGUGUUAUGAACUUACAUUAUUCUAUUAAUGAACUUACAGUUAGUCCUAUACAUAUCACAACCAGUUGGGUUCAUAUAAUAUUGUUUUGUCUACAAAGACAGGUAGAUUAUAAAUUCCUUGGAUUCAGGGAACAUGGUUUAUAAUUUCUUUGUAUUACUAGAAAUAAUUGUGGUGAUAUGCUCGUAAGCGUUUGACAAUUGGUACUCAAAUUUGUAUGAUUUACCUAUUUCUGUGCUGUAAAUACUCCCACCACCAUGGCCAAUUUCAAGCUACCAGUAUGAUGUCACUGAACACAGAAUUGGUAAGAUAUGCUACAGUGAGCUCUCACCAGCAAUAUUAACUUGCUCCAGCACAUCACUAAUACCAAAAAGAAAACUGAUGAUGAAAUCAAAUGACCUAAAAUUCCAGUCCUGACUCUGCUACUAAUUAACUAUGUGACAUUGCCAAACAGUUCUCCUUUCUGAGCCUCAUAUAUAAAAUUGAGCUAUUUCUAUUAACCUCAAAGACAUUUGUGUUAUUAAUAAGAAAAGACAAUAUUGUACAACACAAGGAAUAUAGCCAAUAUUUUAUAAUAACUGUAAAUGGAAUAUAACCUUUAAAAAUUGUGAAUCACUAUACUGUCUACCUGUAACAUAUAGCAUUGUACAUAAACUAUACUUCAAUUGAAAAAAAAAAGAAAAGACAUGAGAAAGUACCAGUUUGGGACAUCUAAUGGAUGGUCAGGUAUGAAUGUGAAUAGCUCAACCGUGGAGCUGGGUCCCGAUAAGAGACUUAUUAGUCAAUACUUGUUGACCACUAAACUCUAGGCAAAACCACAUACGCUGAGGCUAACUCAGCUCCUUACUUUCCUUCUCUGAAGAUCCUUCUGCCCACUCUACCCGUUCCCUCUUCUUCUAUAAGUUCCUGACAGGUUUUUUUCCCAUAAAUAUUCAUUUAAGAAGAUAAGUAUUACAAAAAAGAAGACAGUUUGAUCUAGUUAAAUGUAGGUGGAAUUUUUGGAAAGCAUAAACUGAGUCCUCAUUUCAGGGUAGACCCUAGUUAGAAAUUUCUGGGAUUUAUAACUUGUUACAACUUGUGGAGAAUUAAGAGGAUGUAGGAUGGGCAGGAAAUACCCUAUAAAGACCUAAUUUGUUAAUAUGAUAUGCAACAAAGGAAAACAAUAGUAACCUGGACAAAUAUUUAUUGACUUUAUUUUGUUCUGAGCAGAAGUCUAAAAGUUUUACAUAUUAGUAAUCCACACGAUAACACUGCAGGGUAUUUAUGAUUUAUCCAGUUUUAUGGUUGAAAAAAACUGAUGUUCAUAGGGUAAAAUUAAGUUAUCCAAACUCACUGCAAAGAAAGAUGAGUAGAGAUUCAAACCUAAAUCACUAUGACUUCAAAACCCAAAUGAUUUAGCCAACCUCUCAAAAUAACCCUAGAGUUGGCCAGUGGUAUAGGAAGUGGUAUGCCUGGAUUAGAAGUUUAGAUUCCAUUUUAGUGAGUGCAUUGAAGGAGCAGAAGGCCCCAAAGCCCAACGUACUAUUCCUAAACCCUUAAUGAGGUGUCUGGGAAAAUUUGUUAAUUUUUUUUUCAUAGAGAGAUGUCCUCUGAAACUACCUCUGCAAGGCCUUAAAGGAGAGGGGCAGGCUCCCAUAAAUCACCUCGGCCUUAUCCCCUGCUAACAAUAAUGAAUUCUAGCUGUGGAGUUACUGCCUCUCAGAACCAGCACAACACAAGCAGCCAAAGCUUGAGUUAACUCAAGGUAACAGGAUUGCUUGAAGCAUGAUACUGGGAGGUGCUUCUCACCUGGUCUGAGUUUCCUGAACAUGUCUGUCAGUCAUCCUGAGAGUAGAAUUCUGCCAAGAGGAGUGGUGGAGAAGAGAAAGGAAUAAUAGGAAGAUAGCACAGUUGGAGAAUAGGGCCCAGAAGAAAAUCCUAGAUGUACUAUAUUCAGAUUUGUGUAUUUAGAAGUAUUUUGUUGGCAGUAUUAUUUGUAGAGGCUAAAAACAAAACCAUGGAAACAAAAUUCAUGGCCAACUAUUGAAAAUGGUUGAAUUAACUGUAGAAGAUACUUAACAAAAUACCAUGGAAUACUAUGCAGUCGUGAAAAGAAAUGAUUUCGAAAUAUAGGAUGACUUGCUGAGCUUGCCACUAUGCAGAGAAAAGCAAGAUUCAAAGGAAUAUAAAUAAUGUGAACUCAGUUUUAAAAGAUUACCCCUAAAACACACUAUAUAUAUAUAUAUAUAUAUAUAUAUAUAUAUAUAUAUAUAUACACACUCUAUAUAUGUAUACUUACAUGACUAUGGAAAAGGAUAUGGAAAGUUGUACACUAAGUUAGCAGUGACUUUCAAGAACAAAGUGAGGAGAGCUGCAGCCAGUGAAGGGGGUAAAAGGAGAUGAUCAUGAAAUAAAUUAAGAUAGCAUCUUCUUAAAGGGAGGGAGUCCAAAAUAAAUGGAGCAUGUAGGAUAGGAUCCCAUUUUUAAAAAGUAUUUGGGUCUGGGCUUUCUGAAAAUAACAGGGAUUACAAUUCAGAAAACAGGAGAUAAUGGAUGUGUGACAUCAAUGCAUCAAAACUCAAGAGGCAGCAGUCUUCCAGAGGGCAGUACCUUCCAGCCUCUUGUGCCUCGGUCCUUUACCUGGACCCUCUUAAACAAACCCUAGGUCCCCAACUUCCAACUUUUCUCUCAACAAAAUCCUUCCUUCUCAGUGAUCAACAUUACAAUGAGCUCCAUAAGGAUGUAAUUUUGCCUACACUGAAGACAGCUCAUCUUUAAGUUUAGUCGAGCUGUAUAUAAAUCAUGUCUCAACCACUCUAGUGAGGAAUAGGCCUUGAGUUUUAUCUUAAAAUUUCACCGAAAGGUUCUCCCACAAGUAAAUGCAGAUUUUGCCUUUGACUCUGAUUAAGCAAAAACUACUGAGAAUUUGAAAUGUCUGUAAUUAUAGUUCAUUAUGCUACAGGUUUCAAAGACACAAAAUCUAUCUCAUAGGUAAGGUCAUAGUCAAAGUAUUUAGCUCCCCCCACCAAUCAGCAUCUGGAAUUAGAAGGAUUUUCCAUAACAGAACAUAAGGUGGUGGAGUGUGCAUAUUUCUGGGGGGAGGGUUACGAAAGAUUCAUCUCCUCAUUCCCGAGUAAUCACCUGGAGCCAUGACAUGUAUUAUGGAGUGUGAUAACGGAGCUUAAAUAUUUUGACAGCUUUAUGUAUAGAAGCAGGUGAAAAAUUAUUUUAAAGUUGUUCAUCAUUUUUGUUGCUGGAGGAAGAUAGCCUUUUUUUUUUAAUUGGAGUAAAAUUGCUUUACAAUGUUGUGUUAGUUUCUGCUGUACAGUGAAGUGAAUCAGCUAUAUGUAUACCUAUAUCCCUUCCCUCUUGCACCUCCCUCCCACUCUGCCAUCCCACCCAUCUAGGUCGUCACAGCUCACCAAGCUGAGCUCCCUGUGCUAUACAGCAUGUUCCCACUAGCUAUCUAUUUUACACAUGGUAGUGUAUUUAUGUAAAACCUAAUUUCCUGAUUCGUCCCACCCUCGCCUUACCCCCCUGUGUCCACACGUCCAUUGUCUACGUCUGCAACUCUAUUCCUGACCUACAGAUAGGUUCAUCUGUACCAUUUUUCGAGAUUCCACAUAUAUGCAUUAAUUUACAAUAUUUGUUUUUCUCUUUCUGCCUUACUUCACUCUGUAUGACAGACUCUAGGUCCAUCCACAUCUCUGCAAAUGACCCAAUUUUGUUCCUUUUUACAGCUGAGUAAUAUUCCAUUGUAUAUAUGUACCACAUCUUCUUUAUCCAUUCAUCUAACGUUGUACAUUUAGGUUGUGUAAUAAUGGAGCUUAAAUAUUUUGACAGCUUUAUGUAUAGAAGCAGGUGAAAAAUUAUUUUAAAGUUGCUCAGCAUUUUCAUUGGUGGAGAAAGAUUGCCUUUGUUUUUUGUUUUGUUUUUUUUAAGAGAACACUUCAGUGAGAUUUUGGUCUACACCCACCCCAAAUGAUGAAUUCUACUCAAGAAUGAAAUUUGGGCUUCCCUGGUGGCGCAGUGGUUGAGAGUCCGCCUGCCGAUGCAGGAGACAAGGGUUCGUGCCCCGGUCCGGGAAGAUCCCACAUGCCGCGGAGCGGCUGGGCCCGUGAGCCAUGGCCGCUGGGCCUGCGCGUUCGGAGCCUGUGCUCCGCAGCGGGAGAGGCCACAACAGUGAGAGGCCCGCAUACAAAAAAAAAAAAAAAAAAAAGAAUGAAA